AUGCAAACACUGGAGGGCCAUUCUGAAUCGGUUACCUCGGUCGCCUUCGCAGGCAAUGGCCAGCUGCUGGCAUCCGGCUCGCACGACAACACCAUUAAGCUGUGGGAUGCGGCCACGGGCGCUCUCAAGUAUACACUAGAGGGCCAUUCUGACUGGGUUUACUCGAUCGCCUUCGCAGGCGACGGCCAGCUGCUGGCAUCCGGCUCGCGCGAUAACACUAUCAAGCUAUGGGAUACAGUCACGGGCGCUCUUAAGCAUACAUUGAAGAGCUAUUCUGACUGGGUUUACUCAGUCGCCUUCGCAGAUGACGGCCAGCUGCUGGCAUCCGGCUCAGAUGAUAACACUAUUAAGCUGUGGAAUGCAACCACGGGCACUCUCAAGUAUACACUAGAGGGCCAUUCUGACUCGGUUACCUCGGUCGCCUUCGCAGGCGACGGCCAGCUACUGGCAUCUGGCUCGUAUGAUAAUACUAUCAAGCUGUGGAAUACAGUUACGGGCGCUCUUAAGCAUACAUUGAAGAGCCAUUUUGGCUGGAUUACCUCGGUCGCCUUCGCAGGCGAUAGCCAGCUGCUGGCAUCCGGCUCGUAUGAUAACACCAUUAAGCUAUGGGAUACGGCCACGGGCGCUCUCAAGCAUACACUGGAGAGCCAUUCUGACUCGGUUACCUCAGUCGCCUUCACAGGCGACGGCCAGCUGCUGGCAUCUGGCUCGUAUGAUAAUACCAUCAAGCUGUGGGAUACAACUACGGGCGCUCUCAAGCAUACACUGGAGGGCCAUUCUGACGAGGUUUACUCGGUCGCCUUCGCAGGCGACGGCCAGCUGCUGGCAUCUGCCUCGCUCGACAGCAUCAUCAAGCUGUGGGAUACAGCCACGGGCGCUCUCAAGCAUGAUAUAAGCACUGGCAAUGUUGCUACCGACGAGCUUUUGAUAUCCGAAACUGCUAUGAAAGCUUCUCAACUUCCUCCGAGAAGGUGGCAGAGGUAUCUCUGA